CAGCAUUAAACACUACGCAUUUUCAUCCCGAAAGCGACGAUCAAAAGUUCAAGCUUACAAUUAUUUUCCAUCUAGAGUUUGCAAUUACUUAUUGUAUAAGAUUCUUUAAUAUUAUUGAUUUAUCGUACUUUUAAAACUUCCUGCUACGCAGCUUGAAAUAUCGAUUUGAGGAAGUUCACUUAACCGACAUAUUUUCCAACAGGUCAUUUGAAAAGUUUGUCUUGCCCUUAAGAAUGAGCACAGAUGGGUUUGAUUAUACGAAUUUGUUGCCAAUUGCGAAUGUUGCGCGCAUAAUGAAGAGCGCACUUCCUGAAAACGCAAAAAUAUCAAAGGAAGCCAAGGAUUGUGUCCAAGACUGUGUUAGUGAAUUCAUUUCCUUUAUUACAAGUGAAGCCUCCGAACAAUGCACGCAGGAAAAGCGCAAGACAAUUACCGGAGAGGAUGUUUUGCUUGCUAUGAACACACUUGGAUUUGAAAAUUACGCUGAAGUGUUGAAGAUUUCUUUAGCAAAAUACCGUGAACAACAAGCUAGAUCAGCCAGCAUGAAAGAAUCUAAACAAACUCGUCCAGAAGAAGAUCAAUAAAUAUGGCAAAGGCCUUGCCGUUUUAGCCGAGCUUCAUACGUAUAUAAUCCUAGGAAAGCUCGCUUUAGUUCUUUCUUCUAACUUGGAUUUUUGUUUUGAUAAGUAGAUCCUCUAUCUUUGUUGUGUUCAUGUCCCAAAACUUUUGUUGUUUUGACUGUACUUUUAGUUUUCCUUGGAAUCAUUGACAUUUUUUUUUCGAAAUAGGAUACGAAGAGAAACGUAAAGAUAUACUUGUACUCUUGAAUAUUUGAUUGACUAGCAUUUUAUUUAAUCGCCAAUAUGUCCGUAACGACAAUCUGUUUUCUACAAUUAUUGCUUUCCAGUUUAUUGCCAUCUCUGAAUAGGAAAUCAAAACUUUUCAUAGAAUUGUAAUUAAUAAUGUCUUUUACGCUUCUGUAUAUAAUCAAUCAUAUUAAGAUUUCGAUUUCUAA